AUCUGUGCGCGGUGACGUCGCAGCUCGCGAGCUCGCGACUCCUGUACAAAAGGGAGCGCGGCGCGCGCGGGGCGCUGAUUCGCGGACGGACUCCAUGCUCGGCGGCGGCAGGCGGAGCAGCUGCUCAUCCUUCAGCGCUCGUCUCGUCGCAAGAUAGAUGCCGCCAUCGGAGCGGGCCAUGGAAGUGAAGGCAUCCGGCGCGUUCUUCUCCGCUCAAGGGACCGCGGAUCAUCAUCCGGGGUGCGACGGCAAGGUGGUGCCGCACAGGUGCGCCCACGGAAGACCUCGGACCCUGUUCCCUGGUGGUGCUGGAAGAAGAGAGGCGUGCGCGGCUGGCUCGUCGUCGAAGCUGCUCGUAGAGUACAAACCCAGCAGCAGCAUCCCCGUGCCAGAGACCACCCGGGUCCCGAAAGCGGCGCUCGGGACCAUCAGAACCGUGACACCCCCCUGGAGGCAGCCGGAGAUGAGGGGCAGGACGGUGCGCUCCUCGAGCAUCGGCGCCCGGUACCCGUCCUUGGAGCGAUUCACGUGCAAGAGGUACUCGGUGGACCGACUGGCCGUGCUGGCGCUGCACGAGCCGAUAGGCGGCGUCUUGCUGCAGGACGAGCCCCCGCCCGAGCACCUGGGCUCCGUGAAGCCCAAGAACUGCCGGCGCAUCGUGGUUCUGGGCGCGCGCCGCGUGGGCAAGACCUCCAUCCUGCGCCGGUUCCUGCGCGACGGCUUCGAGGAGCGCUACGAGCCCACGGCCGAGGACUUCCACAGGAAACUCUACCAGAUCCGCGGGGAGACCUAUCAGCUGGACAUCCUGGACGCCUCGGGCGAGAGAGACUUUCCCGCCAAGCGCAGACUCUCCAUCCUGACAGGCGAUAUUUUUCUUCUCGUUUUCAGCAUGGAUGACAGAGAUUCUCUAGACGAACUGGCCGCGCUGCUCAAAGAGGUUGUUGCUGCCAAAGCCAAGCUUCUGAAAACCAGGGAAAACUCCUGUGUGCCAGUGGUGAUAUGUGGCAAUAAAGUUGACCUGAGUCCGGAGGAGAGGACUGUGAGCCGGGCGGAUGUUUGCCAGGCGCUUGGCAACGAUUUCCCCUAUUUUGAGACUUCAGCCAAGAAUGGCACCAACCUAGAAGAAAUGUUUGAAGCUCUGGCAGAACGAGGUGGACUGCCGACUGAAACCGGGCCGUCUCAGCACCGGAAGGUGUCCAUCCGCUCCUACAGGGCCCUGCAUUCUGGCCGGAGGGUCGGACGAAGGCUGACAGUCGUUCACGAUACGCCCUGCGGCGUGGUCUGCCCUUUGACCCGGCGCCCGAGCUUCAACACCGACCUCCGCCGGGUCCUCGGACCCAACUCCUCAAGGAAGCGAAGGAAACCUCUGGACAAGUGUCAAAUUCAGUGAGACGGAGCUCAGGGAACAUUAACCAUAAUACAAUUUCUAUGAAAUAAGUAGCCCGUGUAAUUGUUGUUUCAAACCAACAAAAUACAGAUUUUCUCAUGUCGUUUAUAACUUGUAUUCAAUACCUUCUGGCUGGACCAGCAGAUAAAAACAGUGGAUUGUGUGUGCAAAAUGAAAUGUGUGACUUCUUUUACACUGCAUGAGCAAUUAUCAAUAAAAUAACUGAAUG